GUUUCUUCUUCAAUUAAGAUCGACGUGCGUUUCUUUUUGUUUGUUGGAGUAGGUACUGCUUUUUCUUAGGGCGGUUUUCGAUUUUCGGAUAUCGAAAACCGCUCUACUCAUUAAUCUGUUAUUACACCAAUCCUAAUACCAUGAAGGAUUUUUAGUCAUUUGUGUUUAGUAUCCUCAACUUUUUGCAACACAACAAAAAGUUUGAGUUUUGUAGCAUUCCCUUCCUCCUCCAAGAGAUUCAUUUUUGCAUGUGAAUGUUAUAUUUGGUGGUGGAAGGGAAGUAAAAAUGAGUGGAAGAAAUAAUAAUGGAUUUGAUUGGGCCAAGGGUAAGAUUGUUGGAAGUGGAUCUUUUGGCAGUGUUCAUAUAGCCAUGGACAAAUCAACCGGUGGACUUUUCGUAGCGAAAACGGCGGAAUCUGAUGCAGGACAGGAAGCUCUCCAGAAUGAGGUGGAUAUUCUAAAUACAUUGAAGAAUUCAUCAUCCUCGUCGUCGCAGUCACCGUCGCCGUAUAUUAUACAAUGUUUAGGGACAGAAUAUGAUCAUCUAGAUAAUAAUAGGCUGCAUGUUUUCAUGGAGUAUAUGGCUGGAGGUAGUUUGGCUGACACGUUACUCAAGUUUGGUGGUUCGUUCGAUGAACAUGUUGUUCGAUUGUAUACUAGACAGAUUUUGCUUGGGUUAUAUCAUCUUCACCAACAUGAAAUUGUGCAUUGUGACCUCAAAUGCAAAAAUGUGCUUUUGGCCUCGUCUGGGACGGUUAAGCUCGCAGAUUUCGGAUGUGCGAAAAAGAUCAGCAAGGACUCGAACAUGAACAAAUCAUCGUCGUCUGUUGUUAAUAACGGGGGCACUCCUCUAUGGAUGGCUCCUGAAGUAUUAUUAUCGAGGAAUGCUAAAGACGAGAGGGUUGUUGAUUUUGCAGCAGCAGAUAUAUGGUCUUUGGGAUGUACUGUUAUUGAAAUGGCCACUGGUAGGCCUCCUUGGGUUCAUGAUGACCUUGUUUCGAUUUCAAAUCCAAUGUCUGCUAUGUUUAAGAUUGUCUGUGGUGACGCGAUACCUCAAUUUCCAAGUCAUUUCUCUCAGGAGGGUUUCGAUUUCUUGAGAAGAUGUUUGGUGAGAGAUCCGAGUAAGAGGUCUACCGCGAAGGACUUGCUUAACCAUCCAUUCCUUGUUGCAAAUACUUUAACUUAUCAAAAACUCUACUCUAAUUCGUCACCAGCAGCUGUCUUGGACGUUCAUCAAUUUGAGGAUGAUUAUGAUGAUGACGACGAUGAAUCAGAUAAUUAUGAUGAUGAGUUGCUAAGUCCAGCAGGGAGGAAUCGUUUCUCCAUCGGAAAUGAGUUUGCGUGCCCACAAGGAAAAACAAUAUGGCAACAGGAAGACAGUGCAUCAGGGAAUCAUUGGAUUACCAUUAGAUCAAGGUGAUCAAUUAAGUAGGACAUGGAGGCCUGAUAAUUAAUUCAUGUAGAUUGAUACAGGACUCGACUUAUGUACAGCUUUUUAGUAGGAUGCAAAUACUUAGUGAUUUGUCAAAAGUUUUGCUUCCUUUUUAGGAAUGGUCUUAUUAGUACCAUCAAAUUUGUAGUUAAAAGGUUGAACCGAUAGAAUCGUGUAACUAGACUCAAUAAUUGGUUACCAAACAAUUCUGCUUCUUUAUUGUCAACACAGUUGAAUUCAAAUAAAAAACCAGUUAAGAA